CUCCCCCCUAAGCCCGAGCGGGGAGCCACCGAACCGAACCAACCAAUUGGUCAAACCAUUACCACGACUGGUAGCUCAAUCAUCAACUUUCACCAGAUACUCCAAUUUCCAUUACCACAACUGGUAGCUAGCUCAACUCACCUUGAUCGGUAAUUCCUCCCUCUCUCUUCCCAGGAUUUUCCUCUGAAUUAUAAUCCAAUAUCUUCGACACUCCCGAUAAUGCCCUCGCCUUCCAACUCGUCUUCCUAUUCUUCCUCCUCCGACGAGCAAAACCCUAAUUCUGCCCCUAACCCCAACCCUCCCUCAAUUGACCAGUCCCUCGACGCUAUCGAGAAUCAGCUAGCCUCAAUUUCAACGUUUCAACCGGGUUCCUUGCUGGAGCCCGAGUCGGAGUUCGGUGUCAACGAUGAUGAAAUUCGAGAGGAAUUGGUGAAUGGAUCGAUAAAUGAGAUCGAAGAGCUGCCGGGGAACUCAGAGGAGAAGUUGAAGGUGAGCUCGUCGAGAGUAUGGGCGAAUGUUUCGGAAAUGGAGGAAGGGGCGGCGCCGUCAAGUCCGAGUAGCAGUGGGUAUGCUGGUGAGAGAGGGAGUAGUGCCACCAGUGGAGUUGAGGAGGAUGGAAAUGAUGAUUAUAAUGACGACGAGAUUGUCGAAGUUCGGAGUAACGGUGAUUUUGACGGAGUUGCACAUUCUCCGGCUCCCUGGACUCCCGGGAAACGCCAUGGCGAUGAGGAUGAUGAUUCUAUUUCAUGGAGAAAAAGGAAGAAACAUUUCUUUAUUUUGAGUCACUCUGGAAAACCCAUUUAUUCGAGAUAUGGAGAUGAACACAAGCUAGCUGGAUUCUCUGCGACUCUACAGGCCAUUAUUUCCUUUGUGGAGAAUGGGGGAGAUCGUGUGAAAUUGGUAAGAGCAGGAAAGCACCAGGUUGUUUUUCUUGUUAAAGGACCAAUUUACCUCGUUUGUAUAAGCUGUACAGAAGAGCCAUACGAGUCACUGAGGGGGCAACUGGAGCUUCUCUAUGGUCAGAUGAUACUUAUUCUUACAAAGUCUGUAAAUAGAUGUUUCGAGAAGAAUCCAAAAUUUGAUAUGACGCCUUUGCUUGGAGGAACAGAUGUGGUCUUCUCUUCUCUCAUCCAUUCUUUCAAUUGGAACCCAGCUACUUUUCUCCAUGCAUACACUUGUCUUCCCCUUGCUUAUGCAACAAGACAAGCUGCUGGUGCAAUAUUACAAGAUGUGGCUGAUUCAGGUGUCCUGUUUGCAAUUUUAAUGUGUAGACACAAGGUUAUCUGUCUCGUUGGUGCACAAAAAGCAUCCCUUCAUCCUGAUGACAUGCUUCUUCUCUCUAAUUUUGUUGUAUCAUCUGAAUCAUUUAGGUAUGUGCAAUCACUGACUGAUCUUUUAUAUGUCAUUCUAUGGCGCUUCUGCUUUUGCCCUGACUAUAUUCUCAUAUCAGUAUUGUCUUUGUAUAGGACAUCUGAAUCUUUCUCACCAAUUUGCCUACCAAGAUAUAAUCCCAUGGCAUUUCUAUAUGCAUAUGUCCACUAUUUUGAUGUUGACACCUACUUGAUAUUGCUCACUACAAGUUCAGAUGCUUUUUACCACCUUAAGGAUUGCAGGAUUCGUAUUGAGACUGUACUUUUGAAGUCGAAUGUACUCGUCGAAGUUCAGAAAUCCAUGCUGGAAGGUCGCAUGCAUGUUGAGGAUUUGUCUACGAACCCUGCUUCUCAUCCUGGAAUUGCAUCCCCUCACUUAAGUCAAUCUAGGCUUGCAACUGAUUCCACAGAGAGGUUGACAGAGUUUAUUGGUGUUGGUGGUCCUGCUGGGCUAUGGCAUUUCAUGUACCGCAGUAUUUAUCUUAACCAGUAUGUAUCAUCUGAAUUUGCAUUACCAAUCAAUAGCUUGCGACAGCAGAAAAGGUUAUAUAGAGCUUAUCAGAAGCUUUAUGCAUCCAUGCAUGAAAAAGAUGUUGGACCACAUAAAACCCAGUUCAGAAGGGAUGAAAACUAUGCACUGCUUUGCUGGGUCACUCAAGAUUUUGAGCUAUAUGCGGCAUUUGAUCCCCUCGCAGACAAGGCUUUGGCUAUAAAAGCUUGCAACCGGGUUUGUCAAUGGGUGAAAGACGUAGAGAAUGAAAUUUUCCUGUUGGGAGCAAGCCCUUUUUCGUGGUGAUAUUUCUUUAUUUAUAUAGGUAUACAGGACGCACUCGAGUUCAUUACUGCCUCGUCCUAAUAAAAUCUAGCCUGAUUUUUUGAUGGGCUCUGUAUUAUAGGGCUUCCAUAUUUAUAUUUUUCACACGGCAUUAUAUGCCAAUUCUGUAGCAGAGUCAUUUUUGUAUUCAGAUUAUGACCCUUUUGUAGCCCUUUAUUCAGUAUAUUAAGGUAUGAAAUAGAGUAUAUUCUUCUUAAUCUACUAAUCAACAUUGCGGAA